GAAUGUCUGGAGCUGAGUCCAGCGAAGGCCAGGGACCUCCAGUCCACUUCGACGCUGGAGCAGUUCAUGGCCAAGCUGUGUGUGCAUCACCAGAGGCAGAUUGUCGACGCUCUGGGCUUCCUACAGACAGAGGUCUGUAUAGGCAUCACUCUCAUUGUGCAUUUUCAAUUCAGUUCAUUUGAAUAGAUAGUUACUGUCCCUGAAAGGCAGUCACAAAUUAACAAAACAGAGGACACAGAUACCUAAUACAUUAACAAAAAGAUACAGAGGAAGUUAGAGACUAAGGCUCUGUGGAGUGAAUAUGUUUUGUCUAUGUAAUAACUAAGUUAAGGUAUUGAAUAAUCUCAUUGUUCUCUUUGUUAUAGGUCAAGGCUAUAUCCUCCUCCAGCACUUCACCAGCCUCUGCCUUCAAACCCUCUUGCUCAGUCGAGCACGGCGCCCUCCAGGGUCCUAGCCCUGAACCCUGCCUGGAGACCCUGGAGAAGGGGAGGAUUGGCCAGAAACUUCCCAUGGCUUCCACUCCCAAAGGACCGGCGGAGGGGCGAGAAACAGUUGGUACCAGGAGUAGCAGGUUGGCAGCCCCAGAGAAGACCCCUGAGACUGCUGUGUCAAGAAAUGUAUCUGGGGCCGCUGGGCCGGCCUUGGAUCUCUGUAAACCUGGCCCAGGGGAGUCUAAGGCUUUGGCAACCCUUCUCAGAAGCACAGACAACGGUGAGAGUAAACCUCUUAGUGACCAUGCUCCUCUAAAGAUCAAAAUCAUGAAGUCCAGCAGCUUGGCUGAUGGUAAGAAGCUGUCCUCUGUGCUCACCACCUCUCUUCCUGCUUGCGCCGGUACUAUGGAUAAACGGCAGGGCAAUUCUGACUCUUCAAUCAGAGCAGAUACUUACAGCAAUGAACUCGGCUCCUCUGUGAAAAGGCACAAUCAUGCUAAUCACUCAACAAGACAAAGAGGCUCCUUUGGACGUACCAGAGAUAUGCUGGUCAAACAGAGUCCACUCCAAAAGACCCCCACCAUCAUACCCCCAGUUUCCCCCAGGACAGCAAGGAAGACCAUAAAGGGGUCUUCCUACCAUCGGCCUAGGGACUCUUCCUCAGUGUGUCAGUUUGUAACCGACCCUGAUCUUGGCCACUGCGACAUUGUCUGCAUCGACAAACCAAUCACAGACUGUUUCCAGAAAUGGCAGCACCGUCGGCUCCCGCGACACAACGCCAGGAAAAGCACCAGAGGUCACAUGUACGUGGAGGAGAUGUGGGAGCUUAAGACUGUCCGUACAUUAGCCAGGAAGUCCGCCCGCAACUAUAGUGGCAACUGUCUCACUCCAAUGCCAGAUCUCAAUACUCUGGUCACCCCUAAACAGGUGCUUGGCAAGCCUGAGGGUGUACCUUUUGUGGAUAUGCCCUUCAUUGGAGGUAUUUUGGAGACGGUCAGUCAGAAAACUCCCUCGGAGCAUCCAGCUGAAAGGGAGUUGCCUGGGGCUGGGGAUAUAGAGACUGCAGCAACAUCAGCCAGUGAGGUGGAGCUGAUUGUUCAGACUAGUCAGACAGACCAGAGUCAAUGCAAAGAGCAGACUGACCCUCCACCUCCUUCACAGAGUCCCCCAGUGGAGAACGAGCAGUGUGCAGGGACAGACUCAGAGCAGCCAAGGCAGAGCGUAGCACCAGAGGAUAGUCUAGCUCAUACUGUGGUCGAGACCGCACAUCAGGAUGUAAACAGUGUUAAUAAUGACAUUGUUUUGAGUGAAAGCCCAGAGCAAGUGGUGAUGGGGAAAGAUGUGAACCCAUCACAUAAGACAUCAGAAGAAGCUGAGCUUGUCCAGGAUAAGCUGCAGUGUGUGCCAGAGGGCCAGAACGUUAUCUCUGAAACCCAACAAAAGGAAUCUGAAUCCCUGACCCCUUCCAUGGAGAGCACUGGAGACAAGGAGAAGAAUGAGGUAGUGAGUGCAGGUUCAAUUGAUAAAGAGCAGGCCGAGCCUAUGGAACAUCAGAGUCCAGAUGACCAGAAACCAUCUGAGGUUCCCACAGAGAGUGAAAGGAAGGAGGUGCAGGAAACGGGCAAGGUUGAACCAGACUUGGCUCCAAGUGACGGCAACAAUGUGCCUGAAGAGAAAAAUACAGAUGCUGAUUCGUCCUCUAAAAAGGCUGAUGAGGCAGUUGUGAAACAAUCACCUCCAAGACGUGCUGAAAAACAGGGUAUUCCAGCACGGGUGAUUCCUUCAAGGGUGAAGGAAGUUGCAGUGAUUGAGACAGAGAAUAUGAUUAUAUGUGGAUAUGUGAAUGGUAGACCUAUAGGACAGUCUGACAGAUGUUUGCGUGAGCGGACAGCUAAAAACACCCCAGAGUCUACUCCUACGAAGACUAAUCGCCCCAUUAAGGCCUCUCUGAAACAGACUGAGAAACCUUCGGAGAAUGUGUUUGAGAUUCCACAAGUCUCACCUGAGACUCCUCUCGCCCCAGUCGCUGCUGGGAAAAGCAUCAAAAGCCCCUUGUCGAAACGACCCACCAAGGCCUCCCUGAAACAAUCUGAGAAACCCUCUGAGAACAUGCCAGAAGUUCCUCAAGUCUCAUUCCCUCCAGAUGAAGUGAUCAAAAGCCCUGUGUCCAAACGUCGCACAAAAACCUUUAAAGCUAAAGCAACUCAGAACCUGCCUGACACGAAGACACCUGCGGAAGCAAGCCAGAUCACUAUAACAGCAAGACAGAGCAUUCCUGACACUCCUCUAGUCCCAGACACACCAGUCGACUCCCCCAGGAGCCCUGAGCCCAGACACCCUGUCAGAUCAGCCAGACUGCAACAGGCAGCAGCUGUUACCUCUCCUCUCCUCCCUGUCUCCUCGCCUCCCCUCCCUGUCGCCUCGCCUCCCCUCCCUGUCGCUUCGCCACCCCUCCCUGUCGUCUCGCCUCCCCUCCCUGUCGUCUCGCCUCUCCUCCUAGUUACCUCCCCUCCCACUGAAGUUGCUGUUACUUUCAUUGUCCCCCCAGAACCAUCUACCUCCCUCCCACUCCCCUGCACAGAGUUUAACCCUUCCCUCCCCGUUGCCUCUCCUCUUCUUCCUAUUGUCCCCCAUCUUUUCCCUUCAUUUGAUCAGAACAGUGCAGUUACCCAGAGCUCUGCAGAGCUGAAAGUUGAAACGGCUCAGCCAGCUCCAAAACCCAAACCCAGCAAGACACAGAACACGGCAGUGGAAACUAGGGUGCAAACAAGACCAAAGCUCAGGUCGUCAAUGAUGGUAGUAGCAAAGGAAGUUGAAGUUGAAAAGGUUGUGAGUCUGCAAGUUAGCAGUCAGGGUUCUGCUCACACAGAGGGUACAAUCAUUAAAAAGAGUGAGGCGCAAGCACAAAGUAGUCCACUAAGAAGCAAAAUAAUUCCCAAAAAGGAAGGAGAAGCAAGCAAAUUGGCUCCAUCUAAAGAGGGAGAACCAAGCAAAUUGACUUCCCUGAAGAAUUCAGAGGAACCAACUUUGCUGGAGAAGGUAGAGGCACCAACUUCAAUGGAUAACAAAAUUCCAUCUGGAGAUUCCAGCAGGUCUUCCAUCAGCAGUGCUUCAGACAAACCUGGGCGAAUGCCAUUGAGGAGUGAGAGUAGUAAAACUGAAGUGGCCAGCCAGUCCGUUACCCCGACAACCCCACCAACUGCGGUGGAGAACAGGAAGUCUGCUUUGAGAGUCCAGAGGUCACCCACGCCCUCAACCAGUGCUCCAAUCACAGCUGAGAAACAGAGUGAAGUGGCAUCUCCCAGUAGGCUGAAAUCCCCAGUGAGACUCUUAUCACCCAUCAAGUUAAAACCUGAGAGGAUAAUCAAGUCUCCACUGAGGGAUUCUCCUUUGCUGGUCAGUUCUCCUCUGCCCUCCAGCUUAGUCACUCCUCUCCUCCUGCCCAAGCUGGAGCCCCCAGUACAGUCUCGACACAAGUUCCUGGAGUUACUAGACGUAGAGGAAAACCAACAGAAAAUCUCUAAUCUCAACACCAGGUUCGAUAAGAUGCAUAGAGGCUGGGUCCAGAUAGACAAAGAGGGACAACCAACGCCCAAACACAAGAACAAGGCAGACAGACAGGCAGUGAUAUGGAAGAGCAAGCGCCGGGUCCGCAAGCCCAAGUCUUCGGAGCACCAGAGGUACUCCCUUGUCCAGAUGCUUUUCAAGAAUGAUUUGGACCUAGCCAGUAUCUGCCGCUGGUACAUGGAGUCAACAGAAACCCAAUCAAUGGUCAUCGUAAAGAAGGUGAACACGCGUCUUCCCUCUGAGACCCAGCUGCUCUUCCCCGGUAUGUCCCAAGGGCCGUCCAAAGGGCUCUUCCCUAGCCUGCAGGCCGAGCGCUUGAAGAAACACUUGAAGAAGUUUGCCAUCGCUUCCCCUGUGAAGAGCAACCCUAAGAGCCAGAAGCUGAUUGCUAAAGUCCUGGCGCAGGAUGUCAGUACAAGUACACCCAAAGGGAAGGAGAAGAGAGAGCUGACCACGGCCACCCGGAUCUCCACCAAAGCCUAUCUCUCCUCUGCAGAGGCACAGCCAGCCGACGGCCAGAAGGCCUCAGCGAAGGCCAAGAACCCAGCCAUUUCCUGGAUCCUGCGGAAGUACUCCAAUAUACGGGAGAAGAUGCAAGGUCAACAAAGCUCCAAGAAGCCAAAAGGGGCCCCAAGAAAAGAGUUCAAAGCUUCCAAAGUCAAACCCUCUAAACCCCCAAAGACGAAAUUGGCAAAACCAACUAAAUUGAAACCGGCCACUGCCCAGAGGCAGAAAUUAUCUGUUUCUGGAGAUAAAAGUGUGAAGGAGCCAAGUGUAGUCAAAACAGAGCGAGCGCAGCCAUCUCCUAGUAGAAAGACUCCAGCAAAAGCUGCUGUCCAGGAGAGAUCAGUCAAGACUAGCAGUAGCAGUAGAACCUUAAGGGAUAUCGGUAGGAAAGAGAGUGCUUCACCACAGAGGUCUACCCAAAGAGCGAUGACCCCAAAAGCACAGAAAAACACCCCUGCUUCUGCCAUCACCCCUAAGACGGAAUCAAACAAACAGCAGGUUGGAGCGGAGAAGGCAGGGGUGGAAAAGACUAUGCCAACACAAGCAGGUGAAACAAAGAGACACUCUGAAAGUAGAGUAUCUGAGACUAAAGUCACUGAAAGUAAAGGUGCUGAGAGCAAAGGCACUGAAAGUGAGGUUGAGUCUCCUCAACAGAACAUGGACGUCAAAACAUCAGGCUCUCCUGACCAGGUACUCACAAGGUCACAAAGGAAGAUGGAGGCCACUCCAUCCCCCUCCAUCCCUCAGAGUGCAAACUCUAAGCCUGCCACAAAGAGGGCCAAUGAACCUGCUCAGAGUGAGUCUCCUAAGGCUGCCACAAAGAGAAGCCAGAAGAGCACACAGACUCCAGCCAAGCGCACCAGGAAGAAAUAG